UAGUCCCUCUCCCUUCUGUUUUCAGUAGUCAUGUUUACAUUUUUUCCAGUUUAAGCUCCAACUUUUCACAAACUCUUGUCUCUUUUGUGUUGUUAUCUUCCCCACUUUAUCUCUUUCUUUCCGCUAUAAGCAACGUAACCAUGAUUACCGGUAAGGAUAUCUACGAUGUUUUCGCAGCCAUAGUGCCUCUCUACGUGGCUAUGAUCUUAGCUUACGGCUCCGUUCGGUGGUGGAAAAUCUUCACGCCGGACCAAUGCUCCGGCAUCAACCGAUUCGUCGCCGUUUUCGCAGUCCCUCUCCUCUCUUUCCAUUUCAUCUCCUCCAACGACCCUUACGCUAUGAACUACCGUUUCAUUGCCGCAGACUCUCUCCAGAAAGUAGUCAUCUUAGGCGCUCUUUUUCUCUGGAAUGUCUUCACCAAACAGGGAAACCUUGACUGGAGCAUCACUCUCUUCUCGCUAUCUACUCUCCCAAACACACUUGUCAUGGGGAUCCCUCUCCUCAAGGCCAUGUAUGGAGAAUUCUCAGGCAGCCUCAUGGUUCAAAUCGUCGUUCUUCAGAGCGUUAUUUGGUACACUCUCAUGUUGUUCAUGUUUGAAUACAGAGGAGCUAAGCUUUUGAUAUCCGAGCAGUUCCCUGAGACUGCUGGUUCUAUCACUUCCUUUAGAGUCGACUCCGACGUAGUUUCUCUCAACGGCAGAGAACCGCUUCAAGCCGAUGCUGAGAUAGGGGACGAUGGGAAGCUUCAUGUGGUGGUUAGGAGAUCGGCUGCUUCUUCCAUGAUCUCUUCGUUUAAUAAGUCGAACCUGAUGACUCCUAGAGCGUCUAAUCUUACUGGGGUUGAGAUCUACUCGGUUCAGUCUUCCCGAGAGCCCACUCCCAGAGCGUCAAGCUUUAACCAGACAGAUUUUUACGCUAUGUUUAAUGCGAGUAAAGCUCCAAGUCCCAAACACGGCUACACCAACAGUUUUCAGAGCACUGGUUAUGGCGAUGUUUACUCGUUGCAGUCGUCCAAGGGACCCACGCCGAGGACGUCGAACUUCGACGAGGAGAUGCUGAAGAUGCAGAAGAAAAGAGGAGGGAGGAGCAUGAGCGGUGAGCUCUUCAAUGGUGGAUUGGUUUCUUCAUACCCUCCUCCGAACCCUAUGUUCGCAGGGUCCAGUACCAGUACAGCUGCCGGCCUGAAGAAGAAAGACAGCGGAACCACCGUCAGCAUCUGCCCCGGCACCGGCGGUGGAGCACCAAACAAGGAGCUACACAUGUUUGUUUGGAGCUCCAGCGCAUCCCCUGUGUCAGAAGGAAAUCUAAGACAUGCAGUUAAUAAAGCUGCAGCCUCUACUGAAUUUGCGACGGUGGAUCCCUCCAAGGCUGUGCCGCACGAAACUGCAGCGUCGAAAGCUAUGCAGGAACUGAUAGAGAGUGGAAGGAAAGGAGGAGGAAGCGGAGAGAGGGAGGGAGAGAUAGAGGAAGGAACGACAAAGUCGGCAGCGUACAGUUGCCAGAAGAAGGUGGAGAUGGAAGAAGAGGAAGGGAUGAACAAGAAUCAACAGAUGCCGCCGGCAAGUGUGAUGACGAGGCUCAUCCUCAUCAUGGUUUGGAGGAAGCUCAUCAGGAAUCCUAAUACCUACUCCAGUCUCUUUGGCGUCGCUUGGUCCCUCAUUUCCUUCAGAUGGAACAUCCAAAUGCCAACUAUUAUAAAAGGUUCCAUUUCAAUUCUAUCUGAUGCAGGUCUGGGAAUGGCCAUGUUCAGUCUAGGUCUGUUCAUGGCAUUGCAACCCAGGAUCAUAGCCUGUGGAAAGUCUGUGGCUGCAUUUUCUAUGGUUGUUAGGUUCUUGACUGGCCCUGCAGUGAUUGCCGCCACAUCCAUAGCCAUUGGUGUUCGCGGUGUUCUUCUCCACGUCGCCAUUGUUCAGGCUGCCCUUCCCCAGGGGAUCGUUCCCUUUGUGUUUGCUAAAGAAUACAAUCUACAUCCUGAUAUUCUUAGCACUGCGGUUAUAUUUGGAAUGCUGAUUGCAUUGCCCAUCACAAUACUCUAUUAUGUGCUCCUCGGACUGUAAUAUGCAUAUCUGAGCAAGUGAUGAUGGAAAACAAGAAAUUUGCAGAAGAGAAAAUAUGGUAGUGCAUGUAAAUCCAGGUCUGGAAGAAUUAGUUUUCAAGACAUCGGAUUUGUAAUUGUGAAGGAAGCAACAAAUUAAUUAAAAUAUUAUUAGGCCUCUAUUCAAUCCCAUUUAUUUAUUUUUGAUAGUCAGCUAGGUACACCGCCCAUGAAGCACGAUUCAUUUAAGAGGGUUAAUAUUUUUUAUUUCUUUGUAACACAAAUAAGUAUAUAGCUUUUUUUGUUCUUUAAAUAUAAGCACGGAGAUUGAAUCAUGGAAUGAUGGAAAUCCAAUUGACUUUAAUUUUGAA